CCUCGACCGCGUUUGAUUGGUUUCGCAUUUGUUCAAUUAAUUGUAGUCGAACGGCGCAUCUCGGUUCGGUUGGAUUGAAAAAGUGGAACAGCGGCAAUGUCGUCCAACCAAACGCAGCAUGUCCUAAAUCUUACGCCCACUGAACGGAGAAAAUUCAGCGACUCAUUCGAUUGUGUCAUUUGUGAUUGCGAUGGUGUCCUUUGGACCGUCUUCGAACCCAUUCCGGGAAUCGAGCAAGCUCUUGCGACUCUUCGCACCCAUGGCAAAACCAUUCGCUACAUCACCAACAACAGUGUCCGUACAUUUGACCAUUACGCGGCUCAAUUUCGAACUCUAGGCGUGACCCUGACCCCAUCGGACAUAAUUCACCCCGCCCUGGCCAUAGUACAACACCUGAAGUCGCUUGAUUUCCAGGGCCUGAUCUACUGUCUUGCCACGCAAUCCUUCAAGAACGUCCUCGUCAACGCCGGCUUCGAGUUGAUCGAAGGACCCGACCAACCGCUGGAGGAGUCCUUCAAGAAGAUCAUCGCCACCGUACACGAUCGGGCUCCAGUCAAAGCCGUUGUGAUCGAUGUAGACUUCAACAUCAACUACCCGAAGCUGCUGCGUGCCGAGCUGUACCUGAAGAACGAUCCGGACUGUUUGUUUAUUGCUGGAGCGACCGAUAAAGUGCUGCACGCCAGGAAGGAUUUCAAUCUGAUCGGUCCGGGACAUUUCUUGGAAGUGCUGGAGCAAUCGACCGGGCGGAAGGCAACGGUACUGGGUAAACCGGGCGACCAGUUGGCUGGGAAAGUGUGCGACCUUUUUGGGAUAGAGGAUCGCCGGCGGGUUCUCUUUGUUGGGGAUAUGCUGCAGCAGGACAUGGCCUUCGCCAGUCGAUGCGGGUUCCAGAAGCUGUUGGUCUUAUCUGGAGGGACGUCUACUGACGAUAUGCUCCAGGAGAGGGAUGUAGAAUGCAUUCCGAACUAUUACGCUGAUAGUUUGGCUGAUUUGGUGAAGAUGUUCGAGUGAAGGAUUUAUCAUCGCGUUAAAAGAAACACUGAAUUACACUGAGAAGAAUUUCCAUGUAUUUCCCAUAUACUAAAUCCGUUGAAAAUAUAUAUAUUUAGAUUUACUGUAUUGGUGUGGACACUUUGAGUUUAAGUGGUAGAUUCAUAGUUGUAUCAUUUCGAUGAAUAAAUGUUGAUGGGUUCAUGAAAAAUAGUUCCGCCUUCUACGGCGCUUCCUGUUGGAAAGGUUUCCCACUAAA